CUGAGUUAUAAUGCAUUUGACCUUAACCCCUCCAAAGUGUAAUUUGUCUAAAUGAAUAAGCAUAUUUACGAGUCUUUAUCCACUUGAUAUUGAUUUUGUUUUAUCGAGCCCGUAAAACUUGGUAUGCUUCCACGAAAGAUCGGAACAAGGAAGUUAAACGUUUGCCUGGGUAUUUGAUUCAACUAUUUAGUUGAUAACGUUAAAUGUUUAACUAUUCAACGUCUACACUCGGUUAACAUUAUCAAUAAGAACUUCAAGUUUAGAUUAUAAUAACAGACAAAAUGGAGGAUAUAAAGUUGAGUUCAACUAUUUGGAAAGUUAUUUUCUGUGUGGAGAAAAGAGAUAUGACAAACGCGACCAAGCUGUGUAGUGAUGCAAGGAAAGAAUGUGAUCGGUAUUACAGCACGGUCAACCUGCAAGGUACAAAAGCGAUUGAUCGUUUAAAAGAAUUUAUUACAACAGUCGAAAAAGAAGAAAAGAAAAAUUCUAAUAUUAUUGGAAAACAAUUGCAGACAGCUAAAACAGAUUUCGAAAAAGUCAUUCUGCCCUUCCUUAAAGAGAAUAUUAGAAGUAAACAAAAGGCAUCAAAUCAAGGAACACCGAGGAAAAGAAGUGAUGCAACAAAGAAAGAAUACCUGACAGGUCAUGUGAAACACUUUAAAGAAAUAUUUGAUAACCCGUGGGCUGAAGCUCAUGACGCUUUAAAAAGCCAUGGUUUCAGUGAUGAAAAGAUUAUUGCAGGGAUACUUCGUGAAGUAGUAGAGGUAAAUUGUAAAUAUAUCAUGACAAUUGGAAUACUUAGGCUAUAUUCGUAUUAGACAUGUAAGCCAAAUAAAUCGGUUGAUUUGAAAUAUUUUCCUUGACUUUAAGAUUGUUGAAAUGGAAAUCGAUAUUUGCUUGUUAUAAUCACUGGAGUAUAGAUGAUAAUGCAGUUCAUACAUAUGAACAUAUAAAAGAGUAAUUAAUGUAUACUAACUUAAAAAAGCAAGUAAGGAAAUAGAUCUAUGUGAUUAUUAUUUAAGAUCAAUCAUUUUGUUUUGAUUUUGAUAUGAAACAAAUGUUAUUUGGCAUUUGAUUUUAAAGCGGUAUGCUUGUAUAUUCAGUCUAUAUUUUGUGGCAUUUGUACGUAAAGGGUAAAGAUUUUAUUUUUUUAAAAAUUGGCAGCUAACAUAAGGCAAUGCAAUAAGACAUAUUGCUUACCUAAAAUGGGGUAAAAUAUGCAGAAAAGAUCAUUUGGGUAAAGAUUUGGUGAUAACAAUAGGAAAUUAAGAUCGUUUUUUUUUUGCGAUUGGGGUCAUAUAAAAAUGUGAACCAUUAUAUCCAGUGUAAUAUGUAUACAUUUCUCAAAUUCUAUUUACAACUUAUUGAUAAUUUGAAACUUUGUUCUUUGAUCUUGUGGUAAGUAUACUUCAAUUUAAUAAUACUAUUGUUGGCGGGGGUAUU